CAUUGCGCAACAAAUAAUCUGUUUGAUUGAAUGUUGGGUGUGUGUGGCGCGUGAUGAUGUGCUGUUGUAAUGGAACGCUCGCGUGACACAAGUAAGCAGUUUUUGGAAUGAAAAGGAAACCCAAGGCAAAGGCAGAGAGCGUUUUGAGUGUGAAUGUGAGAGAGAGCAGAGCAGGGGAAUGAAAUGAAAGAAGACAAAGAAAACCACCAUUGCAGUCGCAGGAGCUGCAUAUACCACCUCUUCUUCACCUCUGCUUCCCAAAACCCCAACAGCGUCGCCGUUAUUCAUGCUUCCUCUUCUUCUUCUUCUUCUUCUUCUUCUUCUUCAACUGGCGACUCAUUCUUCACCUACUCCUGUCUACUCUCGGCCGUCGAUUCUCUCUCCUGCCGCCUGCGCACACUCCUCCUCGAAGCCCCUCAGCCACGCCCCAUCACCGCCGCGUCCAAUUCCAUGCGCACGCCCAGAAUAUUGGGAAUUUAUAUGCCGCCUUCUGUGCAGUAUAUAGUUGCGGUGCUCUCUGUGCUCAGAAAUGGGGAGGCUUUUCUCCCUCUGGAUCCUUCCUGGCCCAAACAAAGGGUUCUCUCUGUCAUGGCUUCGUCCAAUGUUCAUCUUGUCAUCGCCUGCGCUUCUCCCUUUGUUAUGAACCCCAAAUCUCCGACUUGGUUGGUGGACUGCAGUGCCUGCCCUGUUUUAUGGUUUUCAAUGGAACAAGGUGAUGAUGAUGAUGAUGAUGGAGUUGCUGGAGAUUUUGCAAAUUUGGACUGGCCGUGUGAGAGUGGGAAUCAGGAACAAGGUGAUGAUGAUUAUGAUGGAGUUGCUGGAGAUUUUGCAAAUUUGGACUGGCCGUGUGAGAGUGGGAAUCAGAGACUGUUCUGUUAUUUGAUGUAUACUUCGGGGUCUACUGGGAAGCCCAAAGGUGUUUGUGGUACUGAACAAGAUAAAAACAAAAAAAAAUUGAAUUUUUCUGAUUUAAAUAUAGGACUUUUGAACCGGUUUUGGUGGAUGCAAGAAUUGUAUCCCCUGAGUGGAGAGGAGCGUUUGUUGUUCAAGACAUCUAUAAGCUUUAUCGACCACCUUCAAGAAUUCCUCAGUGCUAUUCUCACUGGUUCUACGUUGGUUGUACCUCCUUUCAAUGUGCUAAAACAAAAUAUGCUUGCGGUUGUGGAUUUUAUACAGGCUUACUCCAUAAAUAGACUCACUGCAGUUCCAUCUCUGAUGAGAGCAGUCCUUCCUACUUUGAAAGGUCGAUAUGAGAUGCGGAUCCCAAAUUCAUUGAAAUUGUUAGUGCUAAGUGGUGAAACCCUUUCUUUAUCACUAUGGGAGAUGCUUUCAAAGAUAUUACCAGGGACCAAUAUUUUGAAUUUAUACGGUAGUACAGAGGUAUCUGGUGAUUGUACUUAUUUUGAUUGCAAGAGGCUGCCUAAGAUUUUGGAGUCAGAGCCACUAACUAGUGUUCCAAUUGGUAUACCUAUUGCUAAUUGUGAUGUGGUACUUGUUGGUGAAGAUGAUCUACCAGAUCAUGGAGAAAUAUAUGUUGCUGGUCUUUGCAAUUCUGUAGGAUACUACAAUGAUUCUACAUUUAUUUCCUUGGAUUAUGUGAAUUUGUCCCAAGACAACACCAGUUGCAGUUCUGACAUUAAACAUGGAAGUCAGUUACUGUUUAGAACUGGUGAUUAUGCAACCAGGCUUCAAGGUGGUGAUCUUGUUUUCUUGGGCAGAAGAGACCGGACUAUCAAACGGAAUGGCCAGCGUAUUGCUUUAGAGGAGAUAGAAGAUACAUUAAGGGGACAUCCAGAUGUUGUUGAUGCUUCAGUGAUCAGUAAACGUCAAGGGGAAACUAUACUACUUGUUGCAUUCAUAAUAUUGAAGGAGGGGAGAAGCAAUGAAGGAUUCAGAUCUAAUAUCAAAAGUUGGAUGGUUGAUAAACUUCCAUUAGCAAUGAUUCCUAACCAGUUCACUUUUACCAAAUCAUUUCCGUUGUCUUCCACUGGUAAAGUUAACUAUGAGUUAUUGGCAAGUUCUACAUUUCUCGUGAAGCAUGUGCAAGACAAAAUUGCUGAAGUUGGAAAUGGUAACCUUUUGCAAGUAAUUAAAAAGGCCUUUUGUAAUGUGUUAAUGGUUGAAGAGGUUGCCGAUGAUGAUGAUUUCUUUUUGAUGGGUGGAAAUUCUAUUUCUGCAGCACAUCUCUCUCAUGAUUUAGGUGUCGAUAUGAGAAUGCUUUACUGUUUUCCAAGUCCAUCUAAGCUUUAUGGGACUCUUCUGGAGAGAAAGGAUUUGGAUGUGCUGAAUGAUGCUAAGUGGGAGAUGAAUCUUGAAAAAGGUAAAAGGAACAUGUUUCAUGCUGUUGACACUCCUAAUCCUGCUAAAGUUGAAUCAGAAGGAAGACUAUUGAGAGCCCUCCGUGGUGAAAAUAAGAAUCACGAUAUCAUCUCUAAACACUUGAAGUUGGAUUCAAGAGUAAGCCUUAUUUUAGAAGGUCUCAGAUCAACAAAUGGAUUCUCAUGGAAUUCUAAUUCGAUACCCAUGUCAUGUUCAUUUAGCCGCUGCAACAAGGUUAUGUAUGAAGGAGAGUACAGGGUUAAUGAUGCUCAUCUAGCAACCUGUGCAGAGGUUCCAAGAAGUAGAACAGUAUUAAUGGAAGAAUUAUGGAAAGUUUCCAUGGGAUCUUGUGUGGAUGCAUCGCCACUUAUUGUAUUUAAAGGCCUGGACAUCUUUUUAUUUAUUGGAUCUCACUCGCAUGAAUUUAUGUGUGUUGAUGCCAGAAGAAUUUGGUUUAGUGGUUCUGUCCAGUGGAAAAUCAAACUAGAAGGACGUGUUGAAUGUUCAGCAGCUAUUGUCGGUGACUUUUCACAGGUUGUAGUUGGAUGCUACAAAGGAAAAAUAUAUUUUCUUGAUUCGUCAAAUGGCAACAUCUUGUGGUCUUUUCAAGCAUCUUCUGAGGUGAAGUCACAGCCACUUGUAGACAUUUCCAGGCAAUUGAUCUGGUGUGGAUCUCAUGAUCACAAUUUAUAUGCUCUUGACUACAAAAAUCGUUGUUGUGUUUAUAAUGUUCCAUGUGGUGGAAGCAUAUAUGGGUCACCAGUGAUUGAUGAGUUGAAUAAUAUACUUUAUGUUGCUUCUACCAGUGGCCGGAUGACAGCGAUAUCAAUAAAGGCCUUGCCAUUUAAUAUCUUAUGGAUGCAUGAGCUGGAAGCACCAGUGUUUGGGUCUCUUGCCAUUAAUUCUUCAACGGGGAGUGUUGUAUGCUGCUUGGUGGAUGGACAUGUUAUGGUAUUUGAUUCAAGCGGAUCCAUUGUUUGGAAGUAUAAAAUUUCAGGUAAUAUAUUUGCGGGUGCCUGCAUAUCCUCUGCUCUUCCUUCUCAGGUGGUCAUAUGUUCCAGAAACGGAAAUGUAUAUUCAUUUGAAGUGGAAACAGGAAAUAAAGUAUGGAAAUACGAUGUUGGAGACCCAAUUAUUGCAUCUGCAUAUGUUGAUGACCACUUGUACCUUUCAUCACAAAGGUUGCUGUGCGUGUGUUCCGGCUCUGGAAGUAUACGUUUGCUUGGAGUUGGAGUUGAGUUGAAUAAUAACGAUAACGUUGUGGAAUUGGCAAGGAUAGACCUCCAAGGAGACAUAUUUUCUUCGCCUGUGAUGAUUGGUGGCAGAAUUUUCGUUGGUUGCAGGGAUGACCAUGUGCACUGCAUUCAUGUUAAACUCUAGCUCCAUGUACCUGCCUCAAAAGCCAAAAGUGGAAUUGAGAUGGGAAGGAACGGGCACUUGGAAUGAGGUUAAGCGUUGUUUUGAUUUAAUGCAUUAAGGAAAAAAUUAAUUCCUUAUGUGAAAAGACAGACAAUUUUGAAAAUAUUAAUGAAGAUCGUUCAUCAUUUUUAUCC